AUGAAGUCCGAGGUUCUUCUGAAUUUGAUGAUAUUGGUUUUAGUGGCUAUUUUCUCCAGUACGCAGAGUUCGCCUGACUGUGAUAUUGUAUCGCCAACCGCCCUGAAAGAAUUCAGAGACUCUCUAUCUGGAUCAACACUAGACCCUGAAGAUACUGCAUACAAAAAUGCGUCGUUGAUGCAGAACAGAAGAGUGACUAAGCUCCCUGGACUGAUUGUAUACGCAUCAGACGCAAGUGAUAUCCAAAAAACCGUUCUCUUUGCAAGUAAACACAAUGUGAAGCUGGCUAUUCAAUCUACAGGACAUUCAUAUGUUGGUAGAUCGACCGUAGAAGGAGGAAUAUUGCUGAAUUUAUCUGAAUUGAAUAGAAUUGACGUGAAAUUGAAUUCAGUUAGAAGUAUCCACGGAGAGGUUACGGUAGAAACAGGCAAUAUGUGGGCUCGCGUUUAUGAAGAGGUUGAUAAACACGAUCGUGUUGUAGUUGGUGGGGCUGAUGGAAGUGUGGGUAUGGGGGGUUAUACACAAGGCGGUGGUCACAGUCCAAUAGGCCGAAGUCUUGGACUAGCUGUAGACAGUCUGUUAGAGGUGAAAUUGAUUACUGCUGAUGGCAGUACAGUCACUACUUCCACUUCCGGUACCACAAUUAAACAUACCAAUGGAACUGUCAUAAACAGUAACGACGCUGAUUUAUUCUGGGCACUUCGAGGAGGCGGCGGAGGAACUUGGGGUGUUGUAUUGAGUUUCACAUUCAAACUUCAUCUUCCCCCAAAUAAUGGAAUGGUGAGAGUUUCAGCCACCUACCCAAUGUACUAUUAUGAAGAACCAAUACUUCACAGCCCUGGAGCGCCAAUUAUGAAGAAAUUUACUGAAUAUGUUAAAACAUUAGACAACAAGUGGGGUGGAUAUAUUCUCUUAAAUAAUGUGCCUUUAGAUGACACUAUGACAUAUUUCGGAACUCUGUCGUGUGUACUGUUACACUUUGGUGGAUGGACGCAAGAGCUGCAGAACCAAAUGGAAGAUUUACUUGACCACUUAAAUGGUACAACGAUCCACCAAGAUUUCAAAAAUUAUACCAGCUUCUGGGAUUAUGAGGGUAAAACUACGCCUGACAAGGGUGGAUAUAGAUUGUACAUGUAUAAUGUACUCCUGCAAAAUGAUUCUAAUUUCGAUGGUGUGGUGGAUUUAUUGGUUGAUCACGCCAAGAGGGUACCACUGCAAAUUACUCAAGGAUGUACAGACGUCCUUAUUGGAGGUGCCAUGACCGACAUUCCGUCCAGUGAAACGGCUGUGGGUCCGGGAUUCAGGGCAGCCACACAUUCCAUGUCCUGUUAUGUAGCAUAUGGGAAUGCAAAAGAUGACGCUGAGGCUGAAAAGUAUGGACUACAGUUUGGAAAUGAACUAAAAAAGUUUGGUGAUGGUGUGUACUUCAAUGAACCAACUGAAGAUAUCCCAGAUUGGAAGGAAGAAUAUUGGGGAAUGGAGAAGUAUUCCCGUUUGUUAGAAAUCAAAAAGAAAUGGGAUCCUGAACAUUUAUUUUGGUGUCACCAUUGUGUAGGAUCAGAUCUGAUAAGAAAACAAUAUUGUUCUGUGG